ACCCGACAGCGUCGCGCGACACUUUACUUCAGGUAUGCCUUUGGGAAGACGUGAGAAUUCAUGGAGUUGAGCUUUUGACCAAGCGAGCGCGCGGGACACGAUGUACACGAGCGAGCGCAGGCGCAUGAGCCUGCACGAGGUGAAAAGGAGAAACUCGGUUCGGGUUUCGGCUGGAAGUUUAUGGCAGGACGCUCUGGCUCUGGAACUCAGCGCAAACAAGAGCGUGACUUCUCCGCGCAGCCGCAGCCGGGCGCUCUCUGUGGUCUAUGUUGUGGUGGAGGACGCCUCGGUGCCACAGAGUGAGGAAAAUCUUUCCCUGCGGUGUGUUAAGGAAGCCUGUGCGGAUUCCCACGCCGAGCUCCAAACCGUCCCGUUUGAGUCUAUCGCGCACGCCACGGCCAACACUCUGGAUACCUUCUACAACGCAGAUGUUGCCAUAGUGGAGAUGAGUGAUUCUCUCAGUCAACCCUCUCUCUUCUAUCACCUCGGUGUCAGAGAGAGCUUCAGCAUGACCAAUAACAUCAUACUGUACUGCAACAAGCAAGAAAGCGACCUGCAGCUUCUCAAGGAGCAAUGUGGGAGCUAUACCUUCAUCGCUUACAUGGUUUCACCUCAAGGGAAGGUGUUUGCCUGUGAUGCAACUUUAAUGCGGGGAAUCACAGAGAUCAUGCAGCCUAGCUUUACCAUCGAACCUCUUCUGACACCUUUAGUGGAUCAGCUGGUCAAGCUGUUUGAGAAUGUGCAUAUCCAUGGAAGUGAGUAUGUGCAUGAAUCGAUCCGGAGGGAGAUUCGGAUGGCGCGUGAGCGUUUCAGUGGAGAAUCCCUGAGCCAGGAGCUGAACCGAAUCCAGAAACGCCUGGACAAUGUGGAGCUUCUCACCCCUGAUAUAGUGAUGAACCUCCUGCUAUCUUACCGUGAUAUCCAGGACUAUGAGUCCAUCAUAAAUCUGGUAGAAACCAUAAAUGACUUGCCCAUGUGUGCAGUGGCUGCACAGCCAAAUAUCAAAUUUCAAUACAUAUUUGCUCUGAACAGGAGGAAUUACUCGGGUGAUCGUGAAAAGGCCCUGUCCGUCAUCCUGCCCAUAGUACAGUCUGGAGAGCCGGUGGCCUCAGACGUGUACUGUCUCUGUGGACGCAUUUAUAAGGACAUGUUCAUGAGUUCUGGCUUCAAAGAUAUGCACUGCCGUGAUCAGGCUUGCUUCUGGUACGGUAGGGCGUUCCAAAUGGAGCCCUCACUACACUCUGGUAUUAACAAUGUAGUGCUUCUGAUGGCAGCCGGUCAUGAAUUUGACUCCUCUAUUGCGCUGAGAAAGAUUGGAGUCACUCUUAGCAGUUUGCUUGGGAGAAAGGGUAGUUUGGAGAAGAUGCAUGAUUACUGGGAUGUAGGUUUCUACCUUGGGGCUGGGAUACUGGCAAACGAGCACAAGAAAGUAAUAGACGCCUCUGAGAAACUCUACCGUCUCAAAGCACCGAUGUGGUAUGUUGGAUCAGUUAUGGAAACAUACAUUCUGUACAAACAGUUUGCCAAACCACCAGAGGUGAAGCACCCAAAACAGGAGAUUGUAGACUUCUGGAUGGAACUUCUUGUGCAAGCAUGCAAACCUACUCUUUCCACAGCGCGCUGCCCGGUCCUGAUCCUAGAGCCUACUAAAGUAUUCCAGCCCAGCAUAUUGAGCGUGUGUGAGGAAGACAAGAGCCGCACCGUCCAGCUGAAAUAUGUAACACCGCUACAGAAAGGUCUGCAUGAGUGGACGUUCCCUGCAUCAGCAAUUCGUGGAGUGAGUAUCUCCAAAUUUGAUGAGCGGAGUUGUUUCCUGUAUGUACUUUACAACUCAGAUGAUUUCCAGCUGUGCUUCCCAAGCGAGCUGCAUUGCAAAACAUUCUGCGAGCUGGUGAACUCCCUAAUCUUUCAGGCUGACGGUGCAGGGGAUGAUGGCACCUCGGACAGCGAAUUACUGUUGGAGUACAUGUACGAGAAAGGAGAGAAUGGAGAGAAGGUGGUGCUGGGGAGAGGAACUUACGGAGUGGUGUAUGCGGGCAGAGACUUGAGCAAUCAAGUGCGCAUCGCCAUCAAGGAGAUUCCAGAAAAAGACAGCACUUACUCACAGCCUCUGCAUGAAGAGAUUGCUUUACACAAGAGACUGAAGCAUCGGAACAUCGUGCAGUACCUGGGCUCUGUCAGCGAGGAAGGCUUCAUCAAGAUUUUCAUGGAGGAGGUGCCUGGCGGAAGCUUGUCCUCGCUCUUAAGGUCAAAGUGGGGUCCUCUUAAAGACAAUGAGCCCACCAUUGUCUUCUACACCAAGCAAAUUCUAGAAGGACUGAAAUACCUCCAUGAUAAUCAGAUAGUUCACAGAGAUAUCAAGGGUGAUAAUGUUUUGAUCAACACGUACAGCGGCGUACUCAAGAUAUCUGAUUUUGGAACAUCUAAGAGAUUAGCAGGAAUCAACCCUUGUACAGAAACCUUUACAGGUACUCUACAGUACAUGGCUCCAGAGAUUAUAGACCAGGGUCCACGGGGUUAUGGGAAGCCGGCUGAUAUCUGGUCUCUAGGCUGCACUAUUAUAGAAAUGGCCACAGGGAAAACCCCUUUUCAUGAGUUGGGCAGCCCACAGGCCGCCAUGUUCAAGGUCGGCAUGUUUAAGAUCCACCCCACUGUGCCAGAGUGCAUGUCAGAGGAUGCUAAAUCCUUCAUCAUGCGCUGCUUUGAACCCAAUCCUGACAAGAGGGCCAUAGCAUCUGACUUGCUGAAAGAUGCUUUCCUUAAAGGCGGCGCCAAGAAGAGGAGCAAGGCUUCGCCCAGUUUAGCUGAGAUCGAGCCCAGCAUCCCUGCAGGAGAAUACCAGAGGAGCAUGUCUGUACCCAUAGCUGUGCAUGUGGAGGAUGUGGACGCUGACAAGACAGAGAUGUCUGGUUCCCUUAGUCUGAGGAAAACUAUCCAUUGCCUCAGAGAAAAUGACAUUUCAGAUAGCCCUCCCUGCACCAACAACUUCCUGCUGACACCAGAGGGACCACAGGGGGACAUGAUGAGUCCUGCUGUGUCAGGAGAACAUCUUGGUCUAUUCCUGCUCAGGAAAGACAGUGAGAGGAGAAGCACUCUACACCGAGUUCUUACUGACUAUAUCAGCCAAGUAGUGCACAAUAUAAAUGAAUCUCUCCCACAGACUGAAGAGCCUUGCAUCAACUCCGAGCACAUCACGCAGCUGAUUUGUUGUCUGCGAGAAAACGUCCGCUCCCCAGACAGGAAGCAGCUGACCAACCGACUUCUAAAGUUGCGCACUAGCCUGCAUAAUGACGCAGUACCUCUCUGUAGCCUGCAGGCGGCACUCUUCAGCUUCCAGGAUGCUGUGAAGAAAGUGCUGCGACAACAGCAGGUGAAACCUCACUGGAUGUUUGCUCUGGAUAACCUGCUCAGACAGGCUGUGCAAGAUGCCAUUACUGUGCUUCUCCCAGAGCUCAAGCUGCAGCUCCAGUCAUCCUUCGAGGUGGAGGAUGGCUCUCCUGAAGCAGAACAGAUAGAUGAGGAACCAAACGCAGAACCAUACAAGGAGACUAACGGCACGUCUCAAGAAUCUCCGCAGGGCAGGACGGAGAGCAUCGGUGCCAAGCUGCCCAACGGUCUCAUCACUAGCUGUACCCCACUCUCCAGGGAAUUUAUCUUGUUAUGCCAAGAAACAACAAGGUUACAAACUCGGCUAAACGAAAAAGAGAAGGAAUACCAAGAACUUCUAACAAAAUCGGUACAGAAUGUCCAAGGAGCAAUAGACACACUAAAGGCCAAGGCUGCAACAGAGAGCAGUGAUAAUAAGGCUGUCUGCCAUACUGCUCAUACUCUAGCCAUGGUGCGUUGGCUAAAGUCUGUUCCAGUGGAUGAGCACACCAUAAACACACUUGUGAAUCAUGGCUUCACAUUAGAUAUCCUGUUCCAUAUGGCCUGCAGGGACGACCUCAAGUACUGUGGCAUCAAAGGUGGGAUGGUGUGUCGUCUUUGGAGAGCCAUUUCUACACAAAGGAAGUGUCACCUGAGUGUUGUUACUGAGGACAGUGAAGAAACCCUACUCUAACUGACCAUUCUGGGACUUGAGGAUCAUACGAGCUCAGUGAGCUUUGGACAUUUAUUCUGUCUGUAAACAUGUGCCUUUCAUGUGGGAGCUUGAUUUUAUUUAUUUCAUUUCACUUGGGAAGAUGAACAAUGAUCUUGAAAUUGCUUCUAAAAUUGUCAUAUACUUAUUCUUGAUAUGAUCUUAUAUUGUCUUUUCUGGGUGUAUAUACUGUGUGUAUACACAGUCUGUCUGUCCAUGUGUCCCACUCUAACUGGCACCUUUGAGUGUGCAGAAUAACAGAAUACAGGGGGUAAAAACUACCUUUAUUUAUACAUCAUCACUCGUUACACUAAUGCACUAUUGCUUGGAUACCAUCAUGGUAGAAAGUUUUCUCAGUAUCCCAGAAUCAUGACUACAUGGCCGCCUUUAAUGGAUCAAAUGUGGAAAUAGCUUGGAGUGAGCUCAGGACUGUACAGGGGAUGUGCACAAUUCAAAUGUUUUACUGUGGCUAAGAUUCUCAUCACUGUACUUGAAGAUCAUACGAGCUGAGUGAGCUUCGGACAUAUUUUUGUCUGUAAACAUGCGCCUUUCAUUUGGGAGAUCCAUGAUUGAAGUCUUCUGUAAAUAUCAAUUGGUUUUACACCUUUAUUCACAAGAACUUUCAUCACAAGUUCCAGUUUGAUUUGAACGCCAAAUGUAUCCAAAGGAGGAUAGUGGUUUAUUCUUUA